GCAUGUCAUUUGGGAGAUGCUCUAAGCCGUCACAAGAAGAGAAACUUGGUCAUAUAAAUGAGCCACGUGUAGCCUAGUGAGAAUUCCAACGGUCGCCCGCACUCUCCCCUAAUCAAGCUUAGAAUUGACGAUAAUGGCGAUCUCCCUCUCUGCAACCACACCGUACGGCACCGUUCUACCCACCAGAAAAGUCUUUAUUCGACCUUCAUCUCACUAUAUAGUAUCAAAGCCAUCGCCAAAAUUUAAUUACUAUCUCGACUUUCCUCAUCUACAAAGCAAUUCAAACUUCAUUCAUUCACCUUCUAAGCGACUCCUUUCACCCUUUGCCACGUCCAGCUCUUCGGGAAGUAAGACGGCUACGGUGAGUGAGGAUACUACAAAUUUGCUGGAUACGGUGCAAGUGUUCGACUUGAAUGGAAAUGGAAUUCCCAUUUCCAAUUUAUGGAAAAAUAGGAAAGCUGUGGUUGCAUUUGCCCGUCAUUUUGGGUGUGUUCUUUGUAGGAAAAGGGCUGAUUAUCUUGCAGCAGAGAAGGAUAAGAUGGAUGCAGCUGGUGUGGCACUCGUGUUAAUUGGACCGGGCAGUGUUGAUCAGGCAAGAGCGUUCUCCAACCAAACAAAAUUCGAAGGGGAAGUAUAUGCAGAUCCAAGCUAUUCAUCAUAUGAGGCAUUGAGAUUUGUGUCCGGUGUUUCCACCACAUUUACACCUGGGGCAGGUCUGAAAAUAAUACAAGCAUACAUGGAAGGAUACCGACAAGACUGGGAGCUUUCCUUUGAAAAGGACACCAGAACAAGAGGUGGCUGGCAGCAAGGUGGAGUGAUUGUUGCAGGUCCUGGUAAAAAUAAUAUCUCAUAUAUCCACAGGGACAAAGAAGCAGGGGAUGAUCCGGACAUAAAAGAUAUCUUGAAGGCGUGUUGCUUGCAAGGCAACUGAUGAUUUAAAUCUUGUCCCCGACGAAGUUUUUACUAGUGUUUGUUCUUACUUACAAUUUACAUAAUAAGGAGAGGACAGAUAUUAAUAUGUAUUAUAAUGUAUAGUGUCUGAAUAGUUUUCUCUGUUCUCCUUUGAGUUUUGGUUCUCGUGUAAAUCAAUAGAAAAGUAAUUAUAAGUUGUAUUGAAGAAGUUAAAACUAAAAUGGAAAAGGCAGUAUUUUAAUUCGUCCAA